GAGAGAGAGAGAGAGAGAGAGAGAGAGAGAGAGAUUUGUACAGGGGUGGGACAGACAUUCUCCAGCCGGGUAGCAGAGUCUCAGUCUGGGCAGUGAGGAACAGCCGCAGCGCUGUCUGCAUCCCAUUUUGGACUAGACGCCCCGUGCUGUGACACUGUCUACGACCAGGGUGUGUGUGCGUGUGUGUGUGACCAUGUGUGCGCGCCCGAGUGUGUGUAUGUGUGUGUGUCAGUCGUGGAGCAAAUAAAAACCCAGAGGCUUGCGGCAUUAAAGGGCAGCAUCUUCGGUCCCCCAUAACGCGAACAGGGGGUGAGCGCAGCAGAGGAGCGAGAAAGAGAGAGAGAGAGAGAGAGAGAGAGAGAGAGAGAGAGAGGGAAUAGCCUACAGAAGGUGGCAUGGAGGAAAGGUGUGUGCGUGUUUCUUCGCGGAGGCAGGGCUGUGGGAUGUGGUGUCUGACGGACGCGGAGAGAUGCUCUGAGCUCUGGUAUUAGCAGGCAGCUGCGCACCGAGCCGCUCUCUCCCCCUCCCUCCCCUCCCCUCCCCAGCACCGCUGGUCUCCUCGCACCGACCAUUCGCUGAAACCGGGGAAUCGGCUCCACACGGCUCGCUGUGCUCACUACCGCUGGCGUCCUGCACGGGGAUUUGACACAACCAGAGAGAUGUUUCUUUUCUGGAGGAAGCCCAUUGGAUUCAAAAUUAUUAGUGAGUCUCCACGUGGACUGUGAUUGUGAGCUGGGCUCCCACUGUAAAGCACAGGCUGAUUGUGCUUGGCUCACCAGUGCUGUAUUCUCAACCAACUUCUCCUUUCACUAGAUGAUAAAAAACAGUCCACAGGAUUGCCAUCCAUGGUUUCUGCCCUAAUCAAGACUAUAUCAUCCUACAUUGAAAAGAUUUGCAAAGGAAUGUUUACAAAGAAAUUGGCAAACCCAAUAAAGAAGAAAGAGAGAAGCGAAAAUAAAGAGCCUAAAUUGACCACUGAUUUGCAAGCACACAAUCUAACACUCUCUACCACACUGAAGACUACAGUGAAAAAGAUUUCCAAAUGCUCUUCGGCACGUAACAUAUCACUUGAGGACGACGACGGAAAGAACGACUGCUCAUCACUGUCACCUACUUUCAGUUAUCGUGUAGCUAUAGCAAAUGGACUCCCAAAAAACUCUCUUUUUUUGAAUAAUAAUGAAAGCAUCUUUCCUGAGGUUCUUUCAAUUGAUAGCAGUUACUCUGACUCCUUGAGUGAGACAAAACCUAUCCGGAGACUGGAUGAGCAUAAAUCACACACAAUGCCAGUAAGACGAAACAGAAAGAGCCUCAUCAGUUUGGCUCCCUCUGAUGGCAGUUCUGAGGGUGAGCGAGUGGAACGCUCCAGUCUACACACACUUAGGCUGGGUGCUCUACGCAAGUUGAGAAAAUGGAAAAAGAGUCAGGAAUGUGUCUCCUCAGACUCUGAGGUAAGCAAUUGGAGGAAAACCCUGGGCAUCCGGAGCAAGUCCUUGGACCGUGCUGGACGGCAGCAAAAAAGUUCAACCCUGGAGCCUGGCUCCUCCUCCACAGGUUGCAUCAGUCAGACCCAGGAUGUCAUGGAGAUGAUCUUUAAAGAGCUUCAAGGGAUCAGCCAGAUAGAGACAGAACUGUCUGAGCUGCGUGGCCAUGUAAAUGCCCUAAAAAGCUCCAUUGAUGAGAUCUCCAGUAGUGUGGAAGUCGUUCAGAGUGAGAUUGAGCAGCUUCGCUCAGGAUUUGUCCAGUCAAGAAGGGAAACACGUGAUAUCCAUGACUACAUAAAACAGAUUAGCCACCAGGCCAAUAACUCAACCUUGCGGUUCCUCAAUGUUCCUGAAGAGAGGUCAGAGAAAACAGAGAGUCUAAUAUAUAAAAUACUAAAAGAUAAAAUGGGUUUCAUUGAUGCCCAUAAAACAAUAAAAAUUGAGCUUGCUCAUAGGCUUGGGCAACAAAGAGAAUGUUCUAAUGCAAAACCCCGCCCUAUUAUUGUCAUUUUUGCAACAACCCAAGAGAGGGAUUUAGUCUUGAAAAAAUGCUACAAACUUAAAGGAACGGGCAUUACAGUCUCUACUGAUAGCUUAACUCAUGAUGGAAAGGAGAGAAAAGACAAAACAAUGUCUUCCUCACAAACCUAUGAAAGCAUGGAUAUAAAGGUCUCAGGAAAGGAUAAAGUAGUGGAGAGUGAUGACUGGGACUCAAUGGACAGUGACAAAGAAUUAGAUGAAUUAAGCAGAAAUAAAUAUGCAAUGGUGAUUUCAAAGCCUGUUCACAAGAGCAAAUCAGAGAAGAGGAGAUCCCAUGACCAUAGCCGGUCAGGGGAGGAAGCAGGCUACUCAGGCACAGUUCACUAUGCUGAUGACUCUUACUAUGACCCAGACAAGCAUGCAAAGGCUUACUACUCUGAUUUGACCCCUGGUUGGCUUUCCCAGAGCGACUAUUCCACUCCUAAACUUAGCCGCUCUGAGUCUGACUGCUCAAAACUUUGCCAGUCAUACUCCGAAGACUUUUCAGAGAGCCAGUACUUUACACGGGCUAAUGGCUGCUCCCUGCUGUCCUCCUCAGAUCAGGAACUGUGGCAGAGAAAACAAGAAGACAUGGCCUCCUCCUGGUAUGCUAGCCCCAGCCAUGAAAAUCAAACCUAUGAACACAAUGAGGUUGAGACAACAGAAACUAUUGAUAGUGGGGUGAGCAAUGGACUUGUAUGCAUGUCUGGGGAUAGAAGCCACUACAGUGGCUCCCAGAUCUCUCUGCAAGGUGAUUUAUCACCCUGGAAAGACUGGCAUCAUCUGGAGCAGGGUGCUGACUCUGGCUUGGAAGCUUCCAUAGAGGUCAGCAGUCCCUUUGACCCAUCAACCAUCCCAGGUUUUCCGGAAAACAUCACUAAAUGUCAGGAAGUUGAUUUACAAUUUGAAGGAGAUGAAGAAUUCAUGAUGCUUGACAGAGAAGCUUCUCUACCACCUAUAACCACACACAUCAUUCCUCCCAUCACAGAACGGGAGUCUGUCAUCAAGUCUGCUCGGCAGUCUAAAGAGGGAUGUAAGGUGAUCACAAAAGAAAGCACGAAAGUAUCAUCUAAAGAUGUGUCUAAAACUGCUGCUAAAGUGACACAUAAACAAUCUAAAUUGGCUCCUAAAGAAGAAACCAUCAAAAUAUUGCCAAAGGAAAGUCCCAAGGUAACUGCUAAGGUUUCACCUAAAGUGACCUCUAAAGCAGUUCCUAAAGAGUCACCUAAAGAGAUUCAGAAAUCAGCAACUAAAGAAUCAUCUCAAGCUCUCCCUAAAGACAGUCCUAAACUAACACCUAGAGAUGCCACAAAGCCCAAUGUUAAAGAUGUUUCUAAAGUAACAUCCAAGGUAGCCUCUAGUGAGGCUGCUAAAGUCACUCCUAAAGUGACCCCAAAAGAUAGCCCGAUAAUGACUCCUAAAGAAAGUCCUAAAGAGUCACCUAAAGACAGCCCUAAAGUAACCCCAAUUGAGAGCCCUGUAUCAACCCCUAAAGAAUCCCCCAAAGAUUCCCCUAAAGAGUCCCCUAAAGUCAUUGCAAAAGAGCCACCACAAAUUGCAUCUAAAGAGGGUCUGAAAGUUGCUGCUAAAGAGGUUACCAAAGAAGCUGCAAAACCGCCACCAAAAGAGGCCCCAAAAGACAUGCCGAAAGUAGUAUCUAAGGAGACAGGUAAAGUCCCCCCUAAAGAAGUUUCUAAAAUUCCACCUAAAGAAACCCCAAAGGUAACCCCUAAAGAGAGUCCUAAGGUGACCCCAAAAGACACCCCUAAAGCAGCUGCAGAAGCCCCUAAGGUAGCACCCAAAGUAGCUUCUAAAGAUGCCCCUAAGGAAACAGUAAACACAGUUCCUAAAGACAAAUUCCCUGAACUGGAUGUCAAUCAUAGCUUUCACCAGACCCAGAGUAAGUCUACAACUAUGUACCGCAGUCAGAGUGAGAUUCGAACAGAGAAGGUUGAAGAGGUUCCCAAGUCUUGGAGCAGUAGGCUCAGCAUAGAUCUCAGUGAGAAGUCCUUUGGUUUUGGCUUUGGCUCUACACUGCAGAGGGCUAAGUCAGCUCUGGAGGUUGUUUGGAAGUCUGGCUCUCAGAGUACCCCUGCACCUCCUGAGGAGCCCAACUCCUCUUCAUCAUUCAUGGGGCGUUUUCGCACCCUGUCCACCUCCACUGCAAAUAACUCUAGUACUACAAUAGACUCAGAUGUCUACACUGAGCCUGUCUUCUACAAGGCAGAGGAAGAGAAAACCGGUACAGAAGCAGAGACUAGUGAACAACCAGUGGACAGUGAGACCCACUAUGUUGAAGUGAUGGAGCAGGUACUAGCUAACUUGGAGAACAGGACUAAUGCUAAUGAGACAGAGGAAACAGAUGAGCCUACACAGGAGUGUGAGACUUCUCAGGACUAUGAUGUGUCUGAUGAUAUUGAGGCAUCUCAAGACAAUGCCUCUCAGGAUUUUGAGGCCUCUCAAGAUUUUGAAGCUACAGAGGACUAUGAGGCAAGUAAAGAGGCACGAGUUCUGGAGUAUGAUUGCAGUUUGGAUGAGCAGUAUGAUGAAGAGUACAGUGAGGACUAUGAAGCUCAACUCACUGAAGACACUGCUGAGUAUGACGCGAUGGUGGAGUAUGUAGAUGUAGAAGAACCAGAGACUGAGGACAAUGAUGUGACAGAGGAGAUGGAAGAGGGUGAUGAAUUAGAGGAUGUAGAGGAUAUAAUAGAAGAGGCUACUGAGGGGUCUGAAAAAGUGGAACAACAGCAAGAGGAUGAAAACAAAAAUGUUCCAGAGGAGAAGCCCACAGAGGCCCCACCCAAGAAGCGUGUUCGACCCACAUUCAAGGAAGCAGCACUCAGGGCCUACAGGAAACAGAUGGCUGAACUGGAGCAGCAGAUCCUGGCAGGGGACGCCAGUGCUUUGGAUACUCAGCCUCGCAGUCUUUUGGAUCCCAAAGUGCUCGGCUUGCAGUCUGGAGGGGCUGGCAGUAUUCUUUAUGGUAUUGACAGCAUGCCAGAUUUACGCCGCAAGAGGACAGUGCCUCUUGUCCGAGACCUGACCCUCACUGCUCGAAAGGCAGGCAUCUCGUUCGCUCUGGUGAACCGGUCCACCCUGAAUAAUGAGGACCUGAAACUGCAUGUCUUCAAGAAGACCCUCCAGGCCUUGAUUUACCCAAUUUCAUCCACAACACCCCAUAACUUCGAGGUGUGGACGGCGACCGCACCUACCUACUGCCAUGAGUGUGAGGGGCUGCUGUGGGGCAUUGCCCGUCAGGGCAUGCGCUGCUCAGAGUGUGGCGUUAAAUGCCAUGAGAAGUGCCAGGACCUGCUCAAUGCAGAUUGUUUACAAAGGGCUGUGGAGAAAAGCUCCAAGCACGGGGCGGAGGACAAGACCCAGAAUAUUAUAAUGGCUAUGAAGGAACGCAUGAAGAUAAGGGAGAAGAAUCGUCCUGAAGUGUUUGAGGUGAUCCAGGAGAUGUUCCACAUCUCCAAGGAAGACUUCAGCAGCCACCUCAAGACAGCUAAGCAGGCUGUGCUUGAUGGGACCUCCAAGUGGUCUGCCAAAAUCAGCAUCACAGUCAUGAGUGCACAGGGCUUACAGGCCAAGGAUAAAACUGGCUCCAGCGACCCUUACGUCACCGUCCAAGUGGGCAAGACCAAACGCAGGACGAAGACCAUCUUUGGCAACCUCAAUCCAGUCUGGGAUGAGAAGUUCUACUUUGAAUGUCACAACGCCACUGACCGAAUCAAAGUGCGUGUGUGGGACGAAGACGAUGACAUCAAAUCACGGGUGAAGCAGCACUUCAAGCGCGAGUCAGAUGACUUCCUGGGCCAGACCAUCAUCGAGGUUCGCACUCUCAGUGGAGAGAUGGAUGUUUGGUACAAUCUAGAUAAGAGAACAGACAAGUCUGCUGUAUCUGGUGCCAUUAGACUCAAGAUCAGCGUGGAGAUGAAAGGGGAGGAGAAUGUGGUUCCUCCUCAUGGCCAGUACACCUGUUUACAUGAGAACCUGUUCCACUACCUGACCGAGUUGAAGAACAGCGGGGUGGUAAAGAUCCCGCAGGUGAAAGGGGACGAGGCGUGGAAGGUCUACUUUGACGACGUGUCCCAAGAGAUAGUGGAUGAGUUUGCCAUGAGAUACGGAGUGGAGUCCAUCUAUCAGGCUAUGACGCAUUUCUCCUGUCUGUCCGCCAAAUACAUGUGUCCUGGUGUGCCAGCAGUGAUGAGCAACCUGCUUGCUAAUAUCAAUGCCUACUUCGCCCACACCACCACCACCACCACAACCACUGCCUCCGCUUCUGACCGAUUUGCUGCCUCUAACUUUGGAAGGGAGAAAUUUGUCAAAUUACUGGAUCAACUGCAUAACUCGCUAAGGAUCGAUCUCUCUAAAUAUCGGGAUAAUUUCCCUGCAGGAAACCCAGAGCGACUCCAAGAUCUGAAGUCCACUGUUGAUCUGCUGACCAGCAUAACCUUCUUCAGAAUGAAGGUGCAAGAGCUCCAGAGUCCACCAAGAGCCAGUAUGGUGGUGAAAGACUGCGUCAAAGCGUGCCUGGACUCCACGUAUAAAUACAUUUUUGAUAACUGUCACGAACUAUACAAUCAACUCCUCGACCAGAGCCGAAAGCAGGACAUUCCACGUGAGGAGCAGGGUCCAUCGAUAAAGAACCUGGACUUCUGGCCAAAACUCAUCACUCUGAUGGUGUCUGUAAUCGAUGAGGACCGGACAGCUUACACCCCAGUCAUAAACCAGUUUCCACAGGAGCUGAAUGUGGGCAAGAUCAGCGCUGAGAUCAUGUGGAACCUCUUUGCCCUGGAUAUGAAGUAUGCAAUGGAAGAGCAUGACAAGCACCGCCUAUGCAAAAGUACUGAAUACAUGAAUCUUCACUUCAAAGUCAAAUGGUUCCAUAAUGAGUAUGUCCGUGACCUGCCGGCCUUCAAGGGUGUCCCACCUGAGUAUUCUCUGUGGUUCGAGCCAUUUGUUAUUCAGUGGCUCGACGAGAACGAGGACGUUGCCAUGGAUUUCCUGAAUGGAGCGCUGGAAAGGGACAAGAAAGAUGGAUUUCAGCAAACCUCGGAGCACGCCCUCUUCUCUUGUUCUGUGGUGGAUGUGUUUACCCAACUAAACCAGAGUUUUGAGAUUAUCAAGAAGCUGGAGUGUCCAAACCCACAGGCUCUGGCUCACUUCAUGUGCCGCUUUGCAAAGACUAUCAACAAAGUUCUUCUGCAGUAUGCUGCAAUCAUAUCCAAGGACUUUCCUCAGUAUUUGAAUAAGGAGAACGUGCCCUGUAUCAUCCUCAACAAUAUUCAGCAGCUCCGUGUCCAACUGGAGAAGAUGUUUGAGUCCAUGGGAGGGAAACAGGAGGAGGGGGUUGUGUCCUUCUGUAAGCUGGAUGCAGAGGCCAGUGAUCUGCUAAAGGAGCUGCAGAAUAAACUCAACACAGUGCUGGAUGAGCUCAGCGGAGUGUUCGGCUCCAGUUUCAAACCUGUGAUCGAGGACUGCGUGAAGCAGAUGAACCAGGAGCUGGUCCAGAUGAAAGGUCCGGCCAAAGGGAGCAACGCUGCCAUGGAUGCAGAGACUGUCCUCCGGCCUCUUAUGGAUCUUCUGGAUAAAAAUUUGAUGUUAUUUGCCAAGAUUUGCGAGAAGACAGUGUUGAAACGAGUCCUCAAAGAGCUAUGGAAAAUUGUGCUGAACACCAUCGAGAGAACAAUUGUUCUGCCUCCGCUGAGCGACCAGAGUGGAGCUCAGAUGAUCUUCAGUGCUGCCAAGGACUUAGGACAGCUGUCGAAACUGAAGGAGCAUGUAAUUCGAGAGGAAGCCAGAAGUCUGACUCCACGCCAGUGUGCAGCCAUGGACCUUGUGCUCCCCACCAUCAAGCAAUACUUCCAUGCUGGAGGAAACGGGCUGAAGAAAACCUUCCUCGAAAAGAGCCCUGACAUGAAGUCCCUCAAAUAUGCUCUCAGCCUUUACACUCAACCUACAGAUGCCUUGAUCAAGAAAUAUAUAUGCACCCAAACCUCUCAAGGUCAGUCAUCCAACGGAUCGGUGGGGGAGGUGUCGAUGCAAGUGAAUCUCAUCUCUCACCCUGGCACUGGAGAGCACAAAGUCAGCGUGAAGGUGGUCGCAGUGAACAACCUCAUCUGGCAGACCAAUGCCAUGUUCCGUCCGUUUGUAGAGGUCAGCGCCGUGGGACCACACCUGGCUGACAAGAAGCGCAAAUUCAGCACCAAGACCAAGAAUAACAAUUGGUCACCAAAGUAUAAUGAAACAUUCCAGUAUGUUCUGAGUAAUGAACAUGGUCCAGAGGCCUACGAGCUGCACGUCUCAGUCAAGGACUACUGCUUUGCCCGCGAGGACCGCAUCAUCGGCAUGACAGUCAUCCAGCUCCGAGAGCUGGCGGACAAGGGCAGCUGCUCUGCCUGCUACCCGCUGGUGAAAAGCAUCUCCAUGGACGAAACGGGCCUCACCAUCAUGAGGAUACUCUCUCAAAGGACCAACGACGAGGUGGCCAAAGAGUUUGUGCGUCUCAAGACAGACACACGCUCAGCGGAGGAAGUGUCGUAAUGUGCAGCAAAAAUGCAGUAUUAAAAGAGUUGCAUUGUCUUAAGUGAGCGAUAGAGAGAAAAAGGAAGGAGAAAGAGCAGUAGCAAUGAGUUGUUCUUUCAGGAUAGGAGCUGGAAACAGCAGGAGAAUGAGAUCGUCCAAAGAAAAGUGGCGUAGUCCCCAAUGUGGCAAGGCAGCGACAGAGAGAGAGAGAGAGAGAGUUGUGUUUGUUUGUUUUUGUGCAUGUGCGUAAAACAUCUGUUGGAAUGUUCAUUUUAAAACUACAGUAUGUACAAGUGUUUACUUACCGUAUGCUUACUAUUAAGUACUAUAUUCUACGAGUUAUGUUAACGAGACAUGAAAUACCUUUUGUACAACAUUUAGUCUUUUUGAACAGAGAUUUGUUCCAAUAAAGUGCCAAACCAGUGAAAAAAAAGAACAAAACCAACGUAUAUGAAUUAUGGUGAACUUAGUAUGUUUGAAAUUUGCUCGAUUAAUUUGUCCGGUGUAAGUCAUUUUCUGACCGUGUGGCGUUUUGAUUGUUGCAAAGUCUUUCAUUUUGCACCCUCGUUUCUUGGCUUCACGUUCUUCCACACAGCACUGUUGUGCAUGUCCUCUUCUCGGUCAUGUCUCUCCCAUGAUUCCACAGUGACCACCGAGCAGGGUCCUGUCCCCUUGCCUUCAAACUGUUUGUAUUUUAAGUCGACCUGAAAAUAGACCAUGUUUUUUUAAAUGGCGAUGACUGCUACGUAAACCUUCAUAGGUGUUUGUAAUUUUAUAACCAUGACAACAAUGACGACAGCCUCCAGUGCUAACAGUCUUAGCAGAAAGGAUGGAAAGGUUUUCUCUUUCUUUGGCUUUUUGUUCUUUGUUUUCAGCCAUCGGCUUCCAGCCUUUCUGAAUGACCACUGUGAACAUGAGCUUUGGAAGGCAAGCUUACAUGACAUUGCUGACAGUUUGAUAUUAUUGUUUCAUAUUUUUCCGAUAACUUUGUUCCUGAUAAACUGCCAAAGUUAUAUAAAAUAUUUGUACAAAAGCAAUCCAUUACAUGUAUGUAGAUAUAUAUGUACAUGUGAUCUAUUACUUUUUCAAUGCUUACUAUUUGAUUGUUGAUAGGGUGGUACUAAAAUUUUAUUUUUUUUAUUUCCUGUGAAGCUGUUAACCAAUAUGAAAGUUGCACAUGUUACUUUACACAUUAGUUAUAUCAGCUUCUGUCACUGGAAUUAUUUUUCUUCAUAAAGGAAAGAGUCUAACAUUUGGUAAAUAUGCAACAUUCCUAUGUAUUGCACUGAUGGCGAAUUGUAUGUCAUGUAAAUAUAUUUAGUGAGAUAUUGUACAAAA